GAAGCAAAGUCCAGGCAUUCUGGUUAUUUACCUGCCCAGAGCAGUCACAGUGAGCUGGGCAGGGAGCAGGCUGAGCACUAUGGCUGGGGGGUCCAAGAUCAAACGCAAAUGGAAAAAGAAAUACGGAAAACUGCCCCCCGACGAGGAUCCGGGGACACCAUUACAGGAGAAGGACAAGCAGGACCCCCCUGCUCAGCCCAAACAAGGCAAGUCUCAGAAAGGUAAAAAGAACAGGAGCAGGAAGAAGGUGCACCUGUCCCCCCUGCCAGACAGGUAUGACCCCCUGGAGGAAGGGGCAGAGGAGACUGAGAGCAAGGAGGACAAACAGUACAAGAGGAAGCAGAAAGCCAAGAAAUAUGCAAAGAACGUUGGCAAAGCAGUCCGAACUGGAUGCCGCUACCUGCUGAUUGGAAUCCAGGGUUUGACAAAUGCAUACAUGGCCCCGUUUGGCAUGUCCACUGUAGUGUUGUCAUCAAUGUCUCGCCAAUAGCUCGAAAAAACAAUCUUGGUCUUAACAUUUCAAUGAACCUCAUCUACCUUCACCUAGAAUGGACUGCUACUAACUCGGGAAGUACUACACCAAGAGAACCUCGUCGAAGGAUUUUAAUUACCUUCAUUCUUUCCACAAUUUUAACGGAUACUCUGUACAAUCCCAUUGACAAUUUUAUAAUCUAACACGUAUGUUAACAAUUCACACACAAUGUCAGAAGUCACUCAGGGAAAGCUGGAUCAGUUAUUAUGUUCUAAUAAUGUUUAAAGCCUACAUAUUUUAAGACAGGUUAGAUAACAAGAGAACUAGACGUCAAACAUGUACCAUAACUAAUUAAGACUGUUAAAAUUCAAAGAAUUAAUUGAGAAAGACUGAAAUAUGUGGGUUGUGUAACCACUAUGUAUUAUAAUUCUGUAGAUAUAAUUUUCUUAUUUUCAUGCCUUGUUAACAGUAUUGAUUCUAGAGCUGCUAUAGAUUAGGUAUAUGUUCUGCACUAGGUAUAUUAAUGACUGCACACGUCAGUUGACCGUUUUGGAGAGAGAAUGGUGAUCGAUCAUAAAGUUCGUAUAAAAGCUAAUAUGUAACUUGGAUUUAGGGAUGCUAAAGAACAUCUGACUUUCAAAACAUCACUGAUGGGGUUAUUCACAGUGAGUCUUCAUUGGCCAGCAAUGAUGUCAUGAAAUGUGGGACUUUGGAACAAUGUUUCUAUCCUUCUCUAUGUUAUCAGCAUGGAAAAGAGCAGUGGUAGGCAACCUUUUGCACUUCAGGUGUUGUGUAUUACAUCUCCCAUAAUUUUCUCUGAGCCAUAAGGCUGGCAAGGCAUCAUGGGAGAUGAAGUCAACAACAUCUGGUGUGCUGAAGGUUGCCUACCCCUGGAAUGGAGGUUCACAUGCUGAUAGUAUUUGUUAGUGCAAUAUAUUCAUUUGUGGCUUCUCUGUGCUAAAAAUAUCAGUCCUGUAAGCUUUUAAUAAUCUCUUUUUUUUA